AGGAGCGUGGUAGUCGGCGGCGGCGGCUCGUUGAAUGAUCUCCAUUGCGGACAUACGCGGCGGCUGGCAGUCGCGAUAGUGUGCGCACACGAUGACUACCGUCCGUACGUCUUUCGCCACCAUCGUUGCGUUUCUCGUUGUCGCGAUCGGCUGGUGGGCCGCCGACGCUGUGGUCUGUUGCAACAGUAGUUCAGUCGCAAGUGGCGGUGGAGGCGUCGUCGCGUCAUGCCAAAACAAAAAUCGGACGUUCCACACGGUUGAGGCGAUAGGCGGUGGCACGUGCGAUAACGACCAGACGGCCGUGCUGGUCACGAAGUGCUGUCCGCCGGGCCAGUCGUACGAUCCGAAAGUGCAGUUCUGCAGACCGGCCGUGGUGGACAGCUACGUUCACCUGCAGCGGAUGAUGCAGCGAGUGAGGGAUGAAUCCUUGGCGUUGGAUGGUAAGGUGAUGGUGGGUUACAAUUAUGAGCAGCCACUGUGCGAGGCCGCAGACGUACUAGUCGAUGUGUCCGCCAUGAAGGUGAGCAUGCUGAUGGAAAAUAACUUUCAGGACCAUCAAUUACCGGGCUACUGCUUCGACCUGACGCCAUCCGAUGACCUAGUGGCCCGGACGUGCCACGCUGACGCUGUGGUCUGUUGCAACAAUAGUUCAGUCGCAAGUAGCGGCAGAGACAUCGUCGCGUCAUGCCGGAACCAACAUCAGCUGUACCACAUGGCCCAGGCUCUCGGACAUGGCAUGUGCGAUGACAACAGGCAGGCCGUGCCGGUCCGGAAGUGCUGUGCGCCGGGCCAGUCGUACGAUCCGAAAGUGGGGUUCUGCAGACCGGCCGUGGUGGACAGCUACGUUCACCUGCGUCGGAUGAUACAGCGAGUGAGGGAUGAAUCCUUGGCAUUGGACGGUGAUGUGAUUGUGGGUUACAAUUAUGGGCAACCACCGUGUUACAACAAUGAAGUGCUAGUCGACGUGCCCACCGUAAUUUUGAGAUUGCACUUGGAAGUCCACUCGUCAGUCCUCGAGUUGCCGCCGGGCUACUGCUUCGACCUGACGCCAUCCGAUGACCUGGUGGCCCGGACGUGCUUCGCCGCUCCUGUGAUCUGCUGCAACAGUAGUUCAGUCACAACUAGCGGCGGAGACGUCGUCGCGUCAUGCCAGAACAAAAAUCGGACGUUCCACACGGUUGAGGCGAUAGGCGGUGGCACGUGCGAUAACGACCAGACGGCCGUGCUGAUCACGAAGUGCUGUCCGCUGGGGCAGUCGUACGAUCCGAAAGUGCAGUUCUGCAGACCAGCCGUGGUGGACGGCUACGUACACUUAGGGUGGAUGAUGCGAUGGUUGACGGAAAAAUCAUUGGCGAUGCUCUUUGCGAAGAAAGUGGGUUACAUUUAUGAGCAGCCACUGUGCGACGCCGCAGACGUGCUAGUCGAUGUACCCGCCGUGAAGGUGAGCAUGCUGUUAAAACAGUCACGUUUUUUAAAAAUAUUACCGCCGGGCUACUGCUUCGACUUGACGCCAUCCUAUGACCUGGUGGCCCGUACGUGCCACACCGCUCUUGUGAUCUGCUGCAACAGUAGUUCAGUCGCAAGUGUCGGUAGAGACGUAAUCGCGUCGUGCCAGAACAAAAAUCGGACGUUCCACACGGUCCAGGCAAUCGGACGUGGCACGUGCGAUGACAACCGGACGGCCGUGCCGGUCUGGAAGUGCUGUCCACUCGGCCAGUCGUUCGAUCUGUCUCGGAACUUUUGCAAAACUGCCGGGGUAAACGGCGACGAGCAAAUGCGGCAGAUGAUGCAGCUACUAAGCAAACAAUUCCAAACGUGGGGUGUUGGGGUGAUGGUGGCUUACAAUUAUGAGCAGCUAGUGUGCGAAAACCCGUACGAGCUACUCAAUAUCCACUUGGCUAAGUAUGUGCUAAUGAAAAGUGAAUCGUUUUCCGAGUUUCCGAAGGAACGCUGCUUCGAUCUGUCACCAGACGAUGAGCUGGUGGGCGGGCUGUGUAGGCCAAGCCAAUAUUGCCUCCGUAACACGUGCGUCCACAGGUGCUGCAAGGGCGACAGGAUGAUAGUCGACGGUCUCAAUGGUCCUGAGUGCACGGUGAACGAGAAGCCAUUCACGAUGUCCGCCUAUGAAAUAGACGAGGACGGCCGUCAGGUGGGCCGUUCGAACAGAACAGUGCUGCCGUACUAUGUUAAAUUCAAUUGUCCACACAGAGACAUGUUAAGCUACGGGUUCCAGUUGACCGAGGAUGGCAGACUUUACCUUACCUACGAACACCACAUUGUACCACACACGGAAUAUUGCGUGGGGUAUUCACAGGUGACCGACAGCAUAGUGGCGUUCAUAUGCGACGCUGACUUCGUGUAUAUGGUCGAACGUGCACGUGCCAGAUCGAUUCCCGUUUUCUGUCGGGCAAGUUACGUGGCGUCUGCCGUGUUACUGGCGCUCACGCUGCUCGUAUACAACACACUGCCCAGCCUCCGGAACAUCCACAACUACUUCGUUAAGUGCUACAUGAGCCACCAGUUCGUGUCGUACAUCUUCGCAAUUGCUGAAAUGAUUAUAGAAAACAAACAACGCCAUACGUGCGUUCUAUUCGGUUAUAUUACUUUAUUUGUAUUUCUGUCAACAUUAUGCUGGUUAAACGUAAUAUGCUUCGAUAUUUAUUGGAUGAUAAGGUACAACUUUUCAACAAACAGAAAUACACCAACUUCAGUACGUACCGCUAUGUACCAUUUUUACUGCUGGGGACUUUCAAGUAUUAUCGUAUGUACUGGUUUAUUUUUUCAAUAUUCACAAGACAAAUCGCUACAGAAAUUAUCACCCGAUAUUGGAGAAUAUGGUUGCUUUUACUACCAUAUGUCAGGCAAUGGAGGUUUAAUUUUUAUCCUCAUACCAGUGUUUGUUAUGCUGACUGCCAAUUUGAUUUUGUUUUUGCUAACUGCUAUUUAUUUUUCAAGAAUUAAAGAUGAACUCAAUAAAUUCAGACGAGCAGAUUUAAAAACAGGAAGUUUUCUUGUUUACAAAGAGAAAUUUGUAAUAAGCAUCAAACUAUUUCUGAUUAUGGGAAUCCCAUAUUUGCUUACGGUACUAUCUAUAAUAUUACGAAUUGAACGGACAAAAUGGAACAUUAUUUAUGCAGCUAGCAGUCUACAAGGAGUAUUUAUAUUUAUUAUAUUUGUUGCGAAGACCCAUGUUAUUAUGGAAUUACGAAAAAUGUUUGGAGGUUCAAUGGAUCACAUUGAGUCAACACAAAUGAACAAUAUCUAUGGGUCGUCAUAAAAGUGGCAAUGAGCAGUGCUCAUAAAAUGUAUAAUGAUUUCUAAAUGCAAUAUGUAUGUAGAAUGUGGAUAUUAUCAUAUUAUACAUUAAGAAGCCACGUCCUAGGGUAUAAAAAAAUCAUGGCCGAAUGGACUAAGGCGUCGGUUGCAAUGCACACCGACGCUGGUUCGAUACCUCGGCCGCGGGCGCCAUUUUUCUUCAGAUUUGUCCCGGAAAUAGUGCUGCCAUCCCCCACCAGCGAAAGGCAGAUACCUACGGGUGCCCACUUGAAAAUUUUCCAAAAACAACACACACACAUCGUGUUUACACUUAAUAGUACCCUCCUCCACAGUUUAAAACCACCCAAUGGCCUUAGUUGUUACGGGUUAAAUAAUAAUAAAAAAAAAUAAUUUAUCUUUGUUCCAAAUAUCUAAAUAUAUAAAAAUGAAGCGUGAAAAACGUCGUUACGUCAUCAAUCUAGAACGGCUGGUCCGAUUUGGCUAAAUUUUUUUUUAAGAUGUUCGUAAUUUCCAGGAGAAGGUUUUUACAAAAGAAAAUUUUGGGAAAAUCCACCUAAAAAGUAAGAAAUCUGGAUGUAAAAAUACAACAGUGGCGCAACAGUGUAUUGUAUUAUAUUAGUUGCUAUUGGUUGAUGGGGCAUGUUUGUUGUAUUGUAUUAUUAUUUUUUGUCAAUAUACAGCGUGUAAACGCUAAUAUUAAGAACACUCAAUAUCUUUGCGUAAAGCCCUGAAAUUUGAAUUCUGAUUUCUUGUUGGGCGUUAUGACAUAAAAAUACACCUUUUUAAGGCUUUUGAAUUUCUUAACUUAAUUAGACUUGCGCAUGCGCAGUAAAACUUUUUUUUCUUAAAUGACAACCACCUAUUUUAACCACUUAUUUUUUUGCUUAAUUUUUCAAUGCAUUUUGUUGGUUUAACCAACUUUCCAAGUCCAAAAUUAACCAAAUUACAGCCAAUCAACAAAAAUAUAGUAAAAUGCGUUAAAUUUUAAGAUUUUUUAUUGUAAUUAUGAAACUAAUUAUCCUUGGAUUGUUUAGGAUUAACAGUUUCACCUUAAUUAUCUACGUGAUAUUUAUGUGAUUCAUAAAUAAAUAUGUUGUUUAUAAUGUUACAUGUAAUGGAUCUAUUUGAAUUUAUUAAUAAUUAAUGUACGCUGACCCUCCUAUAAAUCUUCAAAAUUUUAAAGAUAUAAUAACAGCAACGCAUGCAAUCAACUGACUGAAGAACAAAUUAUUAAUAAAUUCCAAUAGGUUCAUUUAUUUAUUUAUCACAUAAAUAUUACCUAAAUAAUUAGGGGUGAAAAUUUUAAGACUAAACAAUUCUAGAAUAAUUAUUUUUAGAAUUACAAUAAAAAAUCUAAAAACUUCACGUAUUUUGAGGUAUUUUUGUUGAUUGGCUGUAACUUGGUCAAUUUUGAGCUUAGAAAGUUGGUUAAACCACCAAAUUGCAUUAAAAUAUUAGGCAAAAAAUAAUUAGUGGUUAAAAUAGGUGGUUGCCAUUUAAGAAAAAAAAGUUGUACUGCGCAUGCCAAAGUCUAAUUAAGUUAAAAAAAUGCAAAUGCUAUAAAAAGUUGUAUUCUUAUGUCAUAACAACCAACAAGAAAUCAGAAUUCAAAUAUCAGGGCUCUACGCAAAUAUAUUGAGUUUUCUCAAUAAUUAGAGUUUACACACUAAAUAUAAUAUAUUUACGUAUAUAAAUUAAUGUUGGUGUAUAGAUUAGACCUCUGGGAAUAAGACAGGCUAUUUCAAAAAUGGUUAAUUUUUUUUUUUUUUAUCUGAUACGGUUAGGUUAGAUUAGGAUUUUGUAUUAAUUUAUUAUAUUUAUCCACCAUAGGAACUUGGUUUAACUUUGAUUCUUUAGACUUUAGAGUUAAAUCAUACACGUACGUACAAACAGCACGGGGUCCGUGAUCUACCGCAGGUAGAUUGCCUACCUGAUAAUAUAUUGCUAUGAAUCAGAAUUUAUAUUCCGGGCAACGGAAAAGUUAAAAUAAGUUUUGAACACCAUAUUUACCGAAUAUUAAUUAACGAACUGAACGAAGUUUGAGUCAUAUAGAGUUGGUACAUUUAACGGGCAGCGAAGUGCACGGGAUCAGCUAGUAUAGUAUAUAUCUAUAAAAAAAUUGAUAAAUCCUAUCUAAUAAAAUUAUAAGAAAAUUGUUAAAUUGUUUAAGCAAUUGAACUUUUUCUUGAAUUUUUAAUGUUCAUUUUUAUUAAUUUACAAUAAACUACAAAAAGUAUAUUGUAAAGAAAAUAUAAGCAAGACGUUUUAUGUUACCAGUAAUUCCAUAAUUAAAUACGUAUGUAUAUACAUAUUUACAUAUCAUAUACCAUAAUAAUUUAAUCUAGUUAUCAUAAUUAAUGUUAAU